UGCUUAAAGAGGAACUGAGAACAUGAUCCAGUAAGUUCAGCAACACGUAUGAGGUUUUGAUAUCCGCAGUAGCUACACCUUCCAACAAAUGCAGGUUUGACGACAUGAUACCUUGAUAUUUUGUCAUUGUGUCCACUUGUUGCACUAAAAACCUUAGACUCUAUAACUCAAGAUCUAGGAUUUUUUAUUUGAUUUAGUGGUAUGUGAAGGAAAAGCCCAAUGCAAACUGACUAACGUGUUAGGUUAAGGCCUGCUUAGUAAGCUAGUAAUGCAUAUAGGGAUAGGGAAAAAGAUGGACAGAUAGACAGACAGACAGUUUAUUGAGUCAGUUUAUCUCUUAGACAAACAGGAAGUUCCAUGCAAGAUCACUUGGCAUCCACUUACAAAUGAUUAGGGCUUCACCAAAAGGUAAUUCAAGCAGACAGGAAAGUAGUCCGGACAGACAGACAAUAACACCAACGUACAAGAAACAGGUAGACAUUCUUUUCUUAAUGACAUGUAUUUGCAGCUUUUGAUAUACAUUCUUGUCGUCUGUGUGGGACUGGUACACGCCAUUCCAACAGCGUCAAAAGUCCUUUGCAAAGAUCCUGGGCCAAUUGACCACGGCAGAAGAAGUGCUUCUAAGGCCUUCCAUCGUGUUGGUUCGGUGAUUCUUUACCAAUGUCUUUCUGGAUAUCAAAUUCAAGGUGGAGCUUCUCUCACUUGCAAAGACAAUGGAAACUGGACAAAAGAGGCACCUUCCUGCAAGUCCAUCUCGUGUGGGAAACCUUCAAACAUCAACCAUGGUAACUACACUGGCGCUGAGUUUACGUACCUCGGUGAGGUGACCUACAGGUGUCAUGUUGGAUACCAGCUGAUUGGAAAACCUAAGAGAAGGUGUAGAAGUAAUGGAAAAUGGACCAAGAAACCUAAGUGUGAAAAACAUAGAUGUCAGAUCAACAGACGUCCGCGCUUGCGCAAUGGAAGGAUUAACAUUACAGAUCCCUUGUACUCCCAUGGAUCUAAACUCAUCUUCAAAUGUAACAAAGAUUACGAGCUCGUUGGACCAGACGAGAUUAAUUGCCGCAAAGGACGGUGGAGCCAUAGACAGCUACCUCGUUGUAAACUGCUUGCGUGUCCAAAUCCUGGCUUUCCAGAGUAUGGUUUUCGCUUUGGCAAUGAUUUUCGCAUUGGUCGAUCAGUUCGGUUUGUUUGCCAUAGUGGAACCAAGCUCACAGGAUCAGCAGUCCGCAUUUGCCUGAAGAACAAGCAGUGGUCUGGAAGCGUUGCUGUCUGUGAUGAUGGAAUUACAGAUUGUCCAAUUCUAGGUAUCCCUGUCAGUGGAAUCAAGAUCGGUAAUCGAUACCAGUUCGGAUCUGUUGUUCGGUUUGAGUGUGAGGAAGGAUAUAUACUCCAAGGGUCGAGCAUCAGGCGUUGUAUGCCCGAUGGUAAAUGGAAUGGUACUCAAACAAAAUGUAUUGAAGAGUUUCAGUAUUUCGUAAGAGGAGUAGACGAGACCGCGAUCAUUCUUCGAAAGAACAUCGACAAGAUGUUGCAAUACACGUGUUCGGGGGUGAACUCCACGUGUAGCAGCACAGGCAUCGACACCAGGGCGAGAGCCAUAGAUCUUGGUGAACAAGGAGGAUUAGAUGUUCUGUUUGUUUUAGAUGCCUCCUCCAGCAUUAAAAGAAAGGAUUUCAAGCUUGCAAAAGAGUUUGCUAUAGCAAUUGUCAGACAGCUUGGUGCGACGUGGAAACCAAAAGGAACAAGAAUCGCAGUCAUUGUUUUUGCUACUGAACCAGCGUUAGUAUUCAAUUUUGGAGAACAUGGAGCAACUUCAACAAAUGGUGUUAUAAAGAAGAUAAGAAAAAUAAAAAGAUUGGGUGGUAGCACUGCGACAAGGCAUGCCCUGGAAAUGGCUAGGAAAGUUGUGUUUGUGACAAGGGAGAAUAGACGACAACGCGCUAUGUUUGUUAUCACUGAUGGUCGCUUUAACAUUGGAGGAAACCCGGAAGAAGCAGCGCGAAAUUUACGGGUUGAAUACAAAGUUCAAAAUACUGCCAUUGGAGUUGGGCGAAAUGUACACCCUCGCGAACUUUACGCGAUCGGAAAAAAUGAAGAAGACGUGAUUAUGGUGAACGGCUAUGAAGAACUGAAAAAAGCAAUUGAUAAAUUUGUAAAAAUUGUACCAGAUUAUACUAUAUGCGGAGAGAGUGAUUACGACCCGCGAGGAAGAAUAGUUGGAGGUAACCAAGCUCAUCGUAAAAGAUGGCCAUGGCAAAUUGGACUUCACAGACUUGAUAUAGAUGGAAGGUUAAAAUUAUACUGUGGAGGAGCUCUGAUCGACAAGAGAUGGGUUUUGACUACAGCAAUCUGCUUUGGAGGUCGUGCACGGUAUUCCAUACCAGAAUUUUGGACGGUAAAAGCUGGUGAUUAUGAUCUUGAAGAAGAAGAUCCUUCGGAACAAGAGUUACGAGCUGAGCAGAUCUUCAUUUAUCCUGGCUACAAGCCCAGUCCAUUUUACGAGAAUGACAUAGCAUUGGUUAAACUUCGCAGAGACGUCAAACUCGGUCCCUUCGUCCGCACAGUUUGUCUACCGAAAAAUAAUGAGGAAUUACUUGAACCUGGAAACGUAGGGUUUGUAGCAGGUUGGGGUGUUACUGAGAAACUUCUACCCGGACAGCCCCCAUCUGCUGCCAAUAGUAGAUCUAAGGUUCUUCUACAGUCGGCAUUUGAAAUUCAGAAUGUCAAGCUUUGUAGAGAAAAAACAAAGUUCCAUUUAAACUUGAAUGUCACUUUUUGCGCGGGAGAUGGCAAGGGCGGAAACGGCACGUGUAAAGGAGACAGCGGUGGCAGCUUUGUAAGGCAUGUUCAACGCAAUGGUGAAUUAAGAUGGGUAUCUGCUGGCCUGGUCUCGUGGGGGGAGGGGUGCGGUUUGAAAGAUAAAUACGAAUACUACACAAGGGUGGCACCAUUUGUUGAAUGGAUCGAGAAGACGAUCAGAGAAAAUACACCUUAAAAAUCGAUACAGGACGCAGUUACGUUUUUCAUUAUCAAACCGUCCCUUACAAUACAAAAUAAAUAUUUUGCUAGCUUAUUAUAGUGGAAUUUCUAUUGCGUAGAUGUCUUAAAGGUUUGAUUUGAAUAUAGGUUGUUUGGGUUCUUAGUCAUGGGAGUUUAGUAGAUUUCUGGCCUUCUUUACGCUCUUUCAAUUACAUUUUCUUGCAGCUUACAGAGAGAACUCUCUUCACGUAGUUUUCCUUGUUUGAUCCAACAAAUUUCAAUUAUGCUCGAUCGUUAGUGUCCAACUAUAUAUAUUCCAUGUGACUGUGUUGGUGCAUCUUUUUUAUAAUAAAAUGUGAGAAUUUUACACCAAUCUGUGCUCGAGUCAUCAAUGAACAAAUUGCAAGAGCAAAUACAUUCCACCAUAUUCAUACAGAAAAAUUGGUAGAAGCGUUACAAAUUGACCUCUUACGGUACGUCGGAAAACAGCUCCAUUUGGAGAACACAACAAUAGGUGUCCAAUUCUCAGGAGAUCGUAAUUCGUUUGUUUUGCAAGGGGGUUUUGAUAGAAAGUGCCUGUGAUAGUACGAAAGUAUUUUAUUUUAAUACUUUUUUUAAAUAAAGCCUUU